UAGCAAUGCAUUGGACAAAGAAAUGAUUAUUUUGCAUUUUUGGAAAAUAUGAAAGCCAUCUGUCAAGUCCGUAGUUUGUGUUUACUUUAUUGCUUUUUAUUUUGUAUUGCUUUUGUAAACGGUGCUACAACUAUUGAAAGUGUAUUAAAAGCAAAGGGUGACUUUUCAGAUAUUAUUGAUGGGGCUUCAGAAGCAGGCAUAUUAAGUCUCUACAACAACCCUUCAGCUACUGAGACAGUCUUCACUCCCAAUAAUACUGGUUUGAUGAACACACUGUCAGACCUUAAUAUAGGUGCUAUUCAAGCCUUACAACUGUUGCAAAAUCAUACCUUGUUGAAACAGCUAUUAUUAUAUGGAACUGUCAAUGAAUCUAUUUCUGUUGCUUCCUUAAGUAGCGGAACUCAUCACUUUCCAUCAAUGUUAGGGCCCAAUUUGACACUUGUUAAAAACUCCACAGGAGCUUUUGUGAAUGAUAUUCCCGUGAUUGAAGAAGACGUUGCAGCAGGUUCUUCAGAGAUCCAAGUAAUAGAAACUCUUUUGAUACCUCCGAAUGUACAUAUAUCUUAGAAAGGAAGCGUUGGUUUGGAUGUUUGUUUUGUUAUAUUUGUGUGUUAUAAAAGUGCAUAUGAGUAGUUUUACAGGAAAAUA